AGCCUCUGCCGGAUGACUGACAGGAGUAGGCGUGAUCAAGAGGGCGGAGCUUCCUGCCAGAGCGAACACGCGGUUCCGUGAUCGGUGCGCUUUUUUUCUCACCCCCGAUCCGUUCAGCAGGCCUUUAAACUACGCCCACACCUCGCGAUUCGCGAUUCAUGAUUCACGAAUCACCCCGCUUUUAACACACCCCGAAUCCACCGGACGCGGAACGGACCGACGGAACCCGUCACACAUCGGCGCCAGCGCUCCCGGGAAUACCUUCAGCCACAUCUCAUACGGGUCAUGACGCUGGAAGCGAUCCGGUACCGGUCCGGGUCUCUGCAGAUCCUCAACCAGCUGCUGCUGCCGCACGAGACCGUGUACGAGGAGAUCCGCUCGGUGCAAGACGGAUAUGAGGCCAUCAAGACCAUGAAGGUGCGCGGCGCUCCCGCCAUCGCCAUCGUGGGGUGCCUGAGCCUGGCGGUGGAGCUGCGGGCGGGCGCCGGGGGCGAUGACCUCGUGUCCUUCAUCAGGGACUCUCUGUGCCACCUGACGUCCGCGCGACCCACGGCCGUCAACAUGGGCAGAGCUGCCCGCGAGCUCAUGGAGUUCACAGAGAACGAGAGCAUGGAGAAAAACACAGAGCAGCUCAGAGACAGCGUGAUUGGCUGGAUUGAGGACAUGUUGGAGCGAGACGUGAAUGACAACAAAAAAAUCGGCAACUACGGCGCUCAGCACAUCCUGUCCGGAGUCCCGCGAGACUCCGUCACCAUCCUCACGCACUGUAACACCGGCAGCCUCGCCACCGCGGGAUACGGCACGGCUCUCGGAGUGGUGCGGUCGCUGCACGCGCUGGGUCGCUUGAAGCGUCUGUACUGCACAGAGACCCGGCCCUACAACCAGGGCGCCCGGCUGACGGCGUACGAGGCCGUGGCCGAGGGAUUCCCGGCCACCCUCAUCACAGACAGCAUGGCGGCUCUCACCAUGAGGGAGAAAGGCAUCACAGCUGUCGUCGUCGGAGCGGACCGGGUCGUUGCCAACGGGGACACGGCGAACAAAGUGGGCACGUAUCAGCUGGCCAUCGCUGCCAAGCAUCACGGGGUACCGUUUUACGUGGCGGCGCCCAGCACGUCCUGCGAUCUGAGUCUGGAGAGCGGACGAGACAUCGUGAUCGAGGAACGUCCACCUGAGGAGCUCACCAGCAUCAAUGGAGUUCCUGUAGCUGCUCCUGGUAUCGAGGUGUGGAACCCGGCGUUCGACGUCACUCCUCACCAGCUGAUCACGGGCGGCAUCAUCACCGAGCUGGGCGUGUUCCUGCCGUCCGAACUGCAGGCCGCUCUGACGGGGAGACUCACGGCUCUUGUGAUGAGAGGAAAAACUGGUGCCAAAACGACAAUGUGACUGUGUCUUUGGUGACUGUGAUCAGUGGGAAGCGUGACAGUGGACGGACGUCUGUCUGAGAGGACCUCUUUGUGUUUCCGUUUGUUCUCGUUCUUCUAAUUGAUAAUCACAACUGGGUUUGAUUUUGUAUUCUGUGGAAGUAGUUGGAGAAAAAACUAUUAGACUGGAUGUUUUUUAUACAUAUGAAUAUAAUAUACAACAUGCAUAAAUUAAAAGAUGUCUGUUUCACAUCAGUACAAUAAACAGAGAGAACCAAA